UGGAAUGUACGGCAUGUGGUGGAAGUGUAGACAUGUCGUUCAACCCCUCCCUUCAUUUCUUUAACCUUGCGGCUGAGCGACGGCAGGUCUCCGCUCCACAAGUUCAGCUGGCCGCUUAGGGACCUUUGGAGGAAGGUCCAGGGCAUGUUUGGAGUGCGUUUGAAGAGUUUCGUUUCCGGGCAAGCACUCGGCAGUCUCUGUCAAGAGUUUCACCCUCGGGGGGGGGGGAGAGUCCGGCUGAGUGGCUGCGUUGCUGGCGCUGAGUCGUUGCACCGCUUGUCAUCAUCCAUGGAGUCUGACCGCGAUCUUCACCCGAUAUUGGAGUGAUGCAUUGUUGGCAGCAGGCAAGGAUCGAUCGGACUCUCUGAUCCCUUGGCAAGGAGGGAGCUCCAGAGAUUGAAAGUGCGGCGGACAGAGCGGGAGCCACUAGUAAUUGCGCUUUGAGUUACUCCUGCCACUAUAAACUGUGACCUUGAGUUUGGUUUUGAAAUUCAAGCAACUGGUAAAAGAACAAGGCUGUGAGAAUGCUGCAGCAAAUAUUGGAGACUAUGUAUAUUGACCCAGACCUUCUGGCUGAACUUAACGAAGAACAAAAACAGAUAUUGUUCUUUAAAAUGAGACAGGAGCAGAUUCGAAGGUGGAAGGAAAAUGAAAAAGAACUGGAGAAGAAAAAACUGGAACUGGAGAGGAAAAAACCUUCAAAGAGAGGGAAGGCAGUCAGCUGGCUGCUGGCAGCAGAUAAUGAUGUGUGGGUCUGGGUGAUGGGUGAAGGUCCAGGAGAUAAACCCUACGAUCAAAUUUGCGAUGAAAUAAUUGCAGAGCGAGCAAGACAGCAGGCUCAAAAGGAAGCCGGGGAGCUAAGGAAGGAGAAAGAAAAGGAAUUGAUUCGAAGAUUCUCGGGCUCAUUUAAAUUGGGGGAGAAAGCUGUCAAAGAUACCUCGAGACAGGAGGAGGUUCAGAAGAAAGCAGAGGUUGAUCAGGCUACAAAAGCAGCUGCUGAACAGGAACGAAUCCAAAUGGAACUCAAGCAAAAAGAAGAGGAGGAACGGAAAAGACAAGAGGAGGAGAUCAGACGUCUGGAAGAGGAGAGGACUCAGCAGUUGUACAUUAACCUGAAGGAGGCUCAGGAAAUGGUGCAAAAAAAUGAAAAGGAAGAUCCAGUAUGGCGUGAGAGCUUAAGGAAAUCCAAGGUAGCUGAUGAGAGGAGACGGUCAAUAGCUAAGCAAGCACGUGAUGAUUAUAAGCGACAUUCUCUGAAGGCUAUUGAGAGGGGAAAGGUAUCUGCACUUUCACAGAACUUUCAGAAGCUCCAGUCUCCAGUGAAGCCUGCCGUUCCUCCACGUAGAUUCGCAGUCAAUCGCAAGGAGUGUAAUGCAAGAACAGAAGCACAAGCCCCGAAACUGAAUAACAGCAAGGAGAGCAUCAUCAGCUGGUUCAAAGAACAGCAGAUCCCACUUCGAGCCGGUUAUGAAAAGCACAGUGAUGUCAUAGCUGCCUGGUUUCAUGGCAUUAUAACCAGGCGAGAGGCUGAGGACCUCCUGAGUAAGAAGGCAACUGGGUCAUUUCUAAUCAGAAUCAGUGAGCGGAUGAUUGGUUAUUGCCUGUCUUAUCGAAGCAGCGAUGGGUACAAGCACUUUCUGAUCGACUCCUCCAAGGACUCGUACACAUUCUUUGGUGUAGACCAGUUACAGCACGCAACGCUCGCAGACCUGGUGGAGUACCACAAGGAUGAACCAAUCACAUUAGCAGGUGCUGAACUCUUACAUGAACCUUGUGGCCAACAGAGGGAACCUCCAGACUAUGCCCAUCUCUUCAACUGAGUCCUUCUGAAGCAGGAGCGUCCAGCAACCACAACCGUUGUUGUCCUCCUCCAACAUGUUCACUUUAAUGAGGGACUGAGUGAAGUAACUGGGCCCAGCAAUGAAGUUGUACUUCCUCUGACAAGAUCAAAUGUUGUGCAGAAGGACACAAAGAUCGGAAUCAAAGUAGACAGUAUUUGCUGACCUUUUCUAUAUUUUUAAGAACAAGUUUACAUUUGGGUUCAUAGCUGUUACUUUUUCUUUGAAGGACCAGGACAUGUUCUUAUGGUGCACUCCUGGUAUAUUACAGAUUAGGAAUCCCUUGUGUAGAGUUUGAAGUAAACUAUGCAAGCUGUUCUUAAAAGUACAUUUAUUUUACCAGUAGAUGAAGAAUAUAUAUUGUAAAGUUGAUUUGUUUGUAUUCUGCCCUCUUGUUGAUUGACAGGGUUAAACUAGUGAUGCAAGCCUCUUAAUAUCAUUAUAUUGUGAAAGAAAUGUAUUUUCAUACAGCUGCCAAUUUUAACAAUGAACUGUCUCCAUGAUAUAGGAAAAUAAAGGGAAAUUGAAGAGCCAUGUGUUCUAGAUAGUUAAGUAGGGUAAUUUCUAAAUGUCAUCCAAGCCAUUCAAUUUUCCAAUUAUUGUUAUACUUUGUAUUUAAUAAAGUGGAACUAUGACCAUU